UGAAGAGCUACAGCUUCUACGGUAAUGCAGUGACGCAGGUCGAAUUCGUUCUCUUCGAAAGUGACCCAGACCGGUUUCGGAUGCUAGUUAUGAACCUGAAGGUGAACGGAUUUGAUGAAGGGGAUCCACGCAUAAGACUAGUACAUGGAAGCCUUGGCGUUGAACAAAACGCGGACGAGGG